AUGUCGUCUGCACAAUCGGCUAACUCGGCAUCUCCAGCUAGUGUCGAGCGUCUCCAUGACCGGUUCAACCAGAAGAGUGCCGUUACCGGAGAAGGAAAGCAUCAGGAUGUCGGUCCAGAGGCGUUCUCCGGCAAGGAAAACGGGCACGACCAGAGCCAACCUCCACAAGAUGAAGAGUACCGCAAUGCAACUGAAUGCUGGAGGGACGAAGAUUCACGAGCAGUGCCUACGCCUACUGCUAGAAGGACCGGUAGACUUUCGCUUUUCUCGUUCAAGGGAACACACAAUGAACCAGCUGCAGAGCAAGCGAACGAGGAAAAAGAACCAUUUCAGAAGAAGAUCCUGAAAGGGAUUAAACGAGCGACGACACGAGGGGACCCAGUGAGAAACUCCACUGCCUAUGGGCAGAUAGACCAUUCUCACGAACUUGAGUACAAGAGUCAUAUGAAAACCAGAUGGUUGAUAGACGCAAACAUUUUAGGAUACACAGAUGCUUUUAUCAUUGCCACGUAUUUCAUGUCUGAUGAGCGCGGCACAAGAAGAGUGCCCCUCUUACUUCAAAUGCUUAGCCUGACGCUUACUGACGUGAGUACUAAUGUGCAUACAAAAAAACGAAAAUUUAGAAUAGACCUUGAUUACGCAGUGGGGAGUCAGUAUUUGAGAUGGUCUUUGGAGAAGACUUCCAGAGAUUUGGCAGUCUUGCACAACAGAUUGAGACUCAUGAUUUUGCAAGAAAAUGUGCUACAGAAAGGCCACAAGGAGAUCGAGCUUCCAAAAUUCCCUAAAUAUAAAAAUCAAACCACAUACUCAAAGCUAAAGCAAGGGGUCAAUAGAGAGGAAACCAACGCCUCAUCAAUAAUGUUGCCCAACGAUGAAACCCCGACCGCUUAUUAUCGCGCGAACUCUUCGCAAUCUAGUGACGAUGGUGAAAACACCAGCAUGUUCUCCGUUCGCUCAAGCCUAAGAAGGCAUGGCUUUUUCAAGCGUAAGCCCAACGAUAUUCUCACUAACGAGCAUUUCAGGGACGCUAUGCAAGAUUAUCUCGAUAACUUGAUUCGUGCGUUCAACUUGCGCCCUCAAGCAAACCGUAUAUUUCAAUUUUUUGAACUGUCGCCAAUUGGAAUGCUCUUAUCCUACGAGACAGGACGCAAGCGCAAAGAGGGCUAUUUACUGAUCAAGACGACGGCGAAAGCUCAAGGGUGGAGGGUCGGGCAUUUGAAAGCCAGAGAAUUGAAGGCCAUGGUUGAGCGUCACAUUGCGAAAUGGUUCAUACUGGGUCACAGUUAUAUCAUGUAUGUUGCAGACAUAAAUUCCACCACUCCGCUGGAUGUUUUUCUCAUUGACAGCAGCUUCAAGUUUACUCUUUCAGGGUUUGGGGAUGCUCCUGUCACAUUGCACAACUUAUCAGAGUUUGUGAAACAACAGCUCAAAGCCGAGGAGGAGGAGGAGGACGAUGACGAAGAUGGAUAUGUGGAAGAUCCUGCACCGAUGCACAAAUCUUAUCUGUCGCUAACGCUCGAAAAUUCAGAGAGGAAGUUGAGUGUCAUGGGCAAGUCCGCGAAUCAGAUGAAGAGAUGGUGUGUUGCCAUCCAUGAAACGGCAAAGGAGACCAUUUGGUCCAGGAAACACCGGUUUGAGAGCUUUGCGCCUGUCCGUGAUAAAGUGUUUGCAAAAUGGUUUGUGGAUGCUAGAGACUACAUGUGGGCUGUUUCCGCAGCGAUAGAAAUGGCAAAAGAUGUGAUCUAUAUUCACGACUGGUGGCUUUCCCCAGAAUUAUAUCUUAGGCGUCCUGCAAACGGUAACCAGGAAUGGAGACUGGACAGACUACUCAAACGGAAAGCAGAAGAGGGUAUCAAAAUCUUCGUUAUCGUGUACAGAAAUGUUGCGAACACCGUCCAGACAGACUCCCUUUGGACUAAACACUCGCUACUGGAUCUUCAUCCAAAUGUCUAUGUUCUGAGGUCUCCUAAUCAGCUUAUGCAGAAUGUCUACUUCUGGGCUCAUCACGAAAAAUUGGUUAUCAUUGAUCAUACUGUAUGCUUUGUUGGAGGAAUCGACCUUUGCUAUGGUAGAUACGAUACUCCAGAUCAUUCGGUAGUCGACGAUGCUCCAUGUGCAUUUGAUCCUAUCCCUCCGAAUAGUGCAAGUUCGACUGGAAACGCUUUUAGCUAUCAGAUUUAUCCCGGAAAAGAUUACUCAAACCCACGAAUUUGCGACUUUUUUGAGCUCAACCAGCCUUUUGAGGACAUGAUUGACAGGCAAUCAGUCCCUCGCAUGCCAUGGCAUGAUGUCCAUAUGAUGACCUGUGGCCAUAUUGCAAGAGACCUAUCAAGACAUUUUGUCCAGCGCUGGAACUUUUUAUUACGCCAGAAACGCCCAUCAAGACUUACACCAUUGCUCUUGCCUCCAAGGGACUUCACUGAUCAAGAGAUUGAAGAGCUAGGACUUACUGGUACUUGUGAGGUCCAGGUUUUGCGUUCAUCGUGUUCCUGGUCCCUAGGACUCCAGGAGCCCGAGCAAAGUAUCCACAACGCAUAUCUGAGACUCAUAGAGACGAGUGAGCAUUUCAUUUACAUCGAGAAUCAAUUUUUUGUUAGCAGCCAUGAACAUGAUGGCGUGGUGAUUAAAAACAAGAUUGGCGAUGCACUAGUUGAGAGGAUUAUCCGCGCACAUGCAAAUAAGGAGUCUUGGAAGGCAGUAAUAGUUAUACCUCUGAUGCCUGGCUUCAAGAGUCAGGUUGAUAGCAAAGAAGCAUCGUCGAUCAGAGUCAUCAUGCAGUGCCAGUAUAUGUCUAUCUCCAUGGGCGAGACGUCCAUUUUUGCUAGACUGAGAAGGGCUGGUAUUAGACCUGAGGACUAUAUCCAGUUUUAUUCAUUGAGAAAAUGGGGAUACAUCGGAAGAAGGAAGUCUCUAACCACAGAGCAAUUGUAUGUUCAUGCAAAGACAAUGGUUGUGGACGACCGCAUUGCAAUAAUUGGGUCUGCAAAUAUAAACGAGAGAUCGAUGAGAGGCACUAGAGACUCGGAAAUCUGCACGAUUGUUCGUGACAAAGAAAUGAUCGACACUUUUAUGGAUGGGAAACCAUAUAGGGCUGCCAAGUUUGCCCACACUUUACGAAUGAGGCAAAUGAGGGAGCAUCUGGGUGUUGAUGUCGAUCUAUUAGAGCUUGUGGAACGAAGAUUCUCUCAGAUAGAGAAGUUUGCAUGUACCCCCCAAGGUCUCACCAGUGUCACAUCUAAAGCAGGAGAUCAGAAAUUGUCGGCAAUGGUUGAACUCGCAGCUCGGUACGUCUUAGAUCUACCUGACGGAACACCUCGCUUCAAAUCGGGAUCAACUGCUAGCAAGACUGGUGGUGCAGAGCUCACCAAAAAGCUCACAGAUUCAUUCCGCAACGACUAUGACGAUGCCCUCUCGGAUAACUUGGAUCAAAUUCCAUAUGUGUUUUCGUUCAACCAUAGAGCAGGUGAAGAGAAUCCUGGCAUUAGAGAGAAAAAAGCAUUUUCAAGCGAUUCGCGAGUUACAGAUAAAGCGCAUAGAAGUGAAGUGAAAGGGUAUGGGCCAGACAAGUAUCAAUCAGCGACGCACGUGAACUCUAAGUCGAAGAAUACCAAGCUUCUUGCAGAAUGGGCAAGCUCGUCUUCUUCUGACACUCAUCAGACUCUCCCAUGCAUUGAAGACGUAUUAGAAUUCAUCACUAACGACGAUAAAAACUUGCCGAUAGACGUCCUUAACCAUCAAAGAUGGGACAUGCUAAAAAGGCUGCAUUAUCUACAGAAGCUUCUCAACAAACGCAAGCGAGAGUCUGAGAAUGCAUCGGCCAGCAACAAGGAAGAUGUCGGAAACUUCUCCUCGGGAACAGAGAACGGAUAUCCUGAAAGCUCACUCGUGAAGUUGCCUCGGUUUCCAACCACUUCGCUUUCAGACGCUGAUGUUGAAGAUUUGAGUGCAAACUUUCUACCUAGAGUUUCACAAGUUUUUGUGGACCCCUAUUCUUUUGAGGAUCCUCUGGAUAUUGACUUCUACGAAGGCCUAUGGAUGCCGCAAGCUUUGCGCAAUACGAUGAUCUACCAGAUGGUCUUCCAUGUUCAGCCUGACGACACUGUUCAAACAUGGAGUGAUUAUAAGAUGUUCCAGGAACUGAAGGAGUCGUUCCUUUUGCACCAGAGGGCCAGUCACGGAGGCGCAACUGCGGCCGAUGGAGAGCAUGGAGGCACAGAAUUAUUAUCUGAGGAGCUGAGCCCGGAGACGGCGAACGAUAGCCACGGAUCGAACGAGAGUCUGACAAGCUCGACAGGCAUCCAGACCCAACCACCGUUGAGCUCCGACACAGAUGAGGCUCAGAUGGACAGUUUGCGGUAUGCGAUCCGUCGGUCAAAGAUCGCAGAGCUCGAAAGAUACAGUCGUCCUGGAGUAUCCAACAGUUACAACAGAUCCAAAAUCAAUUCGUUGAUGGGGGUUCCUUCGGUGUACGACUACGAGUCUGCCGAGAAGCUGCUGAAGCUUAUCACGGGCCAUUUGGUUAUCUUCCCUACCAAGUGGCUUCAGAAGGAGGUCGAGUCGUCGAAUUGGUUUUACACGGCGGAUAAGCUUCCUCCGGUACAAAUUUAUAAUUGA